AGUACCUUGGUUACUUACAAAACAAUCACGAAUGGCGAAGGUUGAAUUUAGUGCUCAAAUAUAAUUUUAUAUUCUACUGUCCAAGUUCAUCUUAUUGUUAAAUAGACGCAUUAGACCUAAGUAUCAAUAUGGCAAUGAUGCGAAGAAAUCUCACCCAUUCACAGCAGCAGAAGGUGUUAGCUGAUACACGACGCAGGGAAGAGGACAGAGAGGAUCACUUAAAAAGACUGACGAAAGAGAAGGUUUUAGAAGCCAAUAUGGAAAGUGAAGAAAGAGUGGAAACAAAACGUUACCUUCGUAGAUUACAACAAGAACAAAAGGAACUUGAAAUGGAGGAAGCAAUUUCAAGGUCUCAAGCAUUGAAACAACAAAGAGAACAGCAGAUGGAACAAGAAGAACGACUGGCUUUGGAGCUAGAAAGAUUGAAAUUAGAAGAGUUACGGGAUGCCAAGAUGAGACAACAAAUAAGAGAAAAUAGUAUCGAAUUGAGAGAACUAGAGGCUAAACUCAAGGCAGGUUACAUGAAUCGAGAGAGAGCUGCUCAACGGGCUGAGAAGGAGGCCAUGCAAUAUGAAAUAACGGCACGCGAUUCAGAGAUUGCACGGCUGAUGAAAGAGGAAUCUGCCCGUGCUGACCACGAGGAGAGAAUGAAGUUAAAGGAACGCUGGCAGGAAAGCGUCCGCUACCAACAAGAGCUAGAAAAACAACUAGAAGAACAGGAACGUAAAAAGCAGGAGAGUUAUGAGGAAUUCUUAAAAGAAAAGCUAAUGAUAGACGAGAUAGUACGAAAGAUAUAUGAAGAGGAUCAAAGAGAAAGAGAACUCUACUUAGCAAAACAACAAGCAACAAAAAGGUACGUAGAUGAAUUCAAGAAGGCCAGAGAAUUAUGGAUGGAUAAAGAAAAGGAACGUAUGGAGGAAGAAAACCGUAAGAUUUUAGAAUUCGCUAAUGCUCAGCGUAACAGAGAAGAAGAACGAAUGCAGUCUAAGAGAGAAAAGGAAGAACAUAAAUCUGAAGUACAAAAUGCUCUUAGCCGAAAAAUCGCUGCAGAAAGGGCUGAAGAGGAAGAAAUGGAAAGAGUACGAAUGGAACUGUAUUUGGAAGAACAAGAAGAGAUGGAACGACAGAAAGAGAAGGAUGAAUUGAACAGACGAGUACGCCAACGUCUCGAGCUGCAGACUAGUAAUCGUCAACAGUUACAACUCAAACAGUUGCGUCUCCAAGCCCAGAUGGAAGAAGAGGAGGAAUUCCGAAAGCAGAUGCUGGCUAAAUUUGCUGAGGAUGAUCGUAUUGAACAAAUGAAUGCACAGAAGCGGCGUAUGAAACAGCUUGAGCACAAGCGUGCAGUCGAGACUCUCAUCGAAGACCGACGGGCACAGUUUGCUGCUGACAAGGAGAGAGAGUUGAUGGACCGACGAGAAGAGGAGGAACGCGAGAAAUUCCGUAAACAAAUUAUUGAGGAGGAAAGACAACGCCUGCUUAGAGAGCACGCUCAGAAACUUCUUGGAUACCUGCCGAAGGGCGUUAUAAAAAGCGAACAUGAUCUGGAAUUAUUUGACGACAGCUUCAAACGACACUAUUCCGAACGCAAGCGUGAUCUGUUUGAUGAUAACUAUUAGUAAAAAAUUCAAAGAGCUAUCGCCAGCAUUCCUAUUACCAAGGCAUAUAUAUGUAUAUAAUUUGUCUAUUUUUUUAGAUAGAAAUCCUGUUUAAAUCUUAAGAAUAAAUUUAGUACCAUUAUAUAUGACAACUUAUUUGAAUUUAAACUUUUGUGUGAGUGGUGUCGUACAGUUGAGUGUGGUCGUAAUGUUGAGUAGAGUACAGCAUUCAUUUUCAAUGUUGUGCUUUAUCAGAUUUCAUAGAUCUGCAGUUUUUUUCCUGGAUUUUAAUUAUACUGUAUAGUUAAAUUUGUUUGAGUAAUGAUAACUUCAGCUUCUUAUCAUCAGCAUCUAGACUGCGAGUACACCAUGAUUCAUCAAUUUGAUUGUUUCAAAAACCAGGAUUUUUUAUCUCAACAAAACAUAAUGUAACAUAAUAAUAUAAGAAUAAGAAUAAUAAAGCAUAAAAAAAUAAAUAUUGCCCAUUCUUACCGACCCAGUCUAAAACAGUUAAGGUCAGCUUUUUAAGUCACCAAGGAAGAGUCCAAAAUUCUUGUCCGAGAGUGCCAUUUCUGGCCACCUAUAGGAUUCUCCCCGGGCCCCCUUUGUUUUAAAUUCCAGGAUCCACCACUGAUAAUGUUCCCCAAAUAUAAAUAACAAAUAAAGGAAAUGUAAUUUCUCAAAUAAAAAAAAACAGAACAUUUAUUAUAAUUAAUACCUUUUUGUUUAGUAUGUGCAAAGUACAAAGAAAUAAAUACAAAUUUAAGGAAAA